AUGCACGCUGGUGGGUGCUGGGCGUUCUCGGCAGUGGCAGCCAUGGAGGGGAUCAACUCGAUCGUCACGGGCAACCUGAUCUCCCUGUCGGAGCAGGAGGUGAUCGACUGCGACGGCCAGGACAACGGCUGCAACGGCGGAGAGAUGCAGAACGCCUUCCAGUUCGUCAUCGACAACGGCGGGAUCGACACCGAGGCCGACUACCCAUUCACCGGAACGGACGGCACUUGUGACGCUAACCGGGUGAAUGAGAAGGUUGUGACCAUAGACAACUUCGUGGAUGUGGCGACCAACAACGAGACGGCGUUGUAG